UCCCAAAAACUAAAGCGUGGCAAGGGCCGGACCGGGGAAGCGGAGGAGGCGGGUCUCCAUAGAAACCUCCACCUGUUUCCGGCCAGGCUGUGCGCGAUUAGGGGCUGCUACCGGGGCCAAUCUCAGCCAGCUCGCCUUUUCCCGGCGGCCUCUGCGGGAGCGGUGGGUGUUGUACACAAUCAUCAUGGCGGCGGCCGGAGCCCCGGAUGGAAUGGAGGAGCCUAGCAUGGACACGGAGGCCGAGACGGUGGCGACCGAGGCCCCCGCGCGGCCCCUUAAUUGCGUGGAGGCCGAAGCCGCGGCGGGAGCGGCGGUCGAGGACUCCUGCGCCCCUCCGGGCAGCCUCCAGCCGGCCCCGGCCCAGCCCCCUGGGGACCCCGCGGCCCAGGCCUCGGUCAGCAACGGUGAGGACGCGGGUGGCGGCGCUGGUAGAGAGCUGGUGGACCUGAAAAUCAUCUGGAACAAGACCAAGCACGACGUGAAGUUCCCCCUGGACAGCACAGGCUCCGAACUAAAGCAGAAGAUUCACUCGAUUACAGGUCUCCCGCCUGCCAUGCAGAAAGUCAUGUAUAAGGGACUGGUCCCUGAGGAUAAGACGUUGAGAGAAAUAAAAGUGACCAGUGGGGCCAAGAUCAUGGUGGUUGGCUCCACAAUAAAUGAUGUUUUAGCCGUAAACACACCCAAAGAUGCUGCACAGCAGGACGCAAAGGCGGAAGAGAACAAGAAGGAGCCUCUCUGCAGACAGAAACAACACAGGAAAGUAUUGGAUAAAGGAAAACCCGAAGAUGUGAUGCCGUCUGUUAAGGGUGCCCAGGAGCGCCUGCCCACGGUCCCCUUAUCGGGCAUGUACAACAAGUCCGGAGGAAAAGUGAGGCUCACCUUUAAACUCGAGCAAGACCAGCUGUGGAUCGGCACGAAAGAUUCCUGGAGGGGACCGAACAUGCCUAAUUCACCUGUUUCUGGCCAGCACUGUAGGUAUUCAGUGUGCGAGGAGCAGCUUCUUUAUGCUUUGGCAUAAAGUUCUAGAAGAACCUGGCUGUGUUGUCGACCAAGCUGGCAAAAGCCUCCUUACUCAUCAGCCUCAUUACACAGCAUGGCCACCAAGUGGUCGAACCUUCAAGGGUAGGCCAAGGUUGAGCUUCACAUCCACACCCAGACUCCACAGCUGUUACUCCAGGCAUUCGUCUCACUCACUUGCCUUGGUGUCCUGGCCUGAGUGUCACACAUAGUCCCCUAGAAAGGCAGCUUGUUCCCAAGCUGGCUACCAACCACUGGUUUUGUCUUUGCUGGCAAGAAGCUGCCAUGACCGUCCCAGCAGCCACUGGGGGCUUGAUGAGCGCCUUACCACAUGACCCUCAGGUCUCCUCUUGCAGCCUAAACUCUGUGGCCGUUCGUGUAGGAGGCAGUACUCACAGUCUUCGCCUGACCGAGCUCCAGGCGGGAGAGGGGACCAGGGGAGCACGUGUCCUGGUGGCAGGGCUGUCAAGCCUCUGAGCUGGCUGACGGCCGUCACUCAGGAAUAUGGGCCCAGGGCUGGUAAAUCUUCUGAGUCCUCAAGAGAAGCCAGAAAUCUUUUUGUGUGAAAUCUCUGGACAUUUCAAGAUGACUAGUAUUUUAAUACAUUUCCAUCUUAAAGGCAGCUCCUGGCCACGCCCUGCACUGUUCUAAGAGUCACUGAAAGUCAGAACCUGAACUGCAUCAUCAAGGCUGUUCCCCCCACCCUUAUUUUUCAGAGUCUGGGGCCCACAGAACAAAACAAUGUCUCAGGUCACCUGCUAGCCCAGAACUCAGGUCUCUAAAUUCCUUUUUGUCAGCUAUUUCCAGUGUGGCCCUUUGCUGAAUUUCCCCCCACAAAGGCUGUAUAAUUCUUACCAACUGGACUUACCUAUUUGUGAGACCUCCGGUCCCUGAGGUGUCUGCUGCUUCUGGGCGGGGGCUUCCUGUGCCCAGGCACAGCCUCUCCUCUCCCUCCCCGCUUCACUUGGCUCACCCCAGUCUCAUCUCACUCCAGGCAUCCCUCACUGCCUCCUCCCUCUUACCUGCAUCCUUCAACGUGCCGCAAAGUGUCUUCUCAUGAAUAGGUGGUGGUCUUGAUUGUUAAUCCUGAGAGGUUAUGACUGUCUUAAGAGAAUUUACAAGUGUGUGUGGGGGGGCGGGGGGCGGCGCAGGGAAGGGGACAGGUGGGAGGCUGGUCUGUUGGCUCUGGGGACAGAAACAAGCCUCAGGGCCUUAGUGCGGCUCCUCUGAGGGCCACAGGGGGCGUGCUGCUUCUGUUCUUGGCUCUCUUGACUUGUUCCUCUCCCAGCUGUCAGACACCUCAGUCAGUGCUGGGUUUGGGCAGGAGGAUGGAGAGGAAUUUCUUGGGUAUUUAUUAAUCAUCAGACUUCUAAAAAUAAGACCAGCAAAGAUACAUCUCUGUACCUGCUAUAGCAUUGCUAGCUGUGGGCUCCUUUUGGUCCUAAGACGCCCCCAAUCCCCCAGGAGGCUUUUGUGCUCCGAUCAGAUGGUUUCCCACCGCCCUGGAUGGGAGCUGUUUGCAACUAGCCCUGAUGCGGGGCUUCUGGGUCGCAGGCGUAGAACAGGAGGGCCUUUGAAUAACCACUGUAAUCCCUCUCAACUUAGAGCGGACUGAGAAAUUGCCCAUGGGCUCCAUUAAAAAUGUGGUCAGUGAACCUAUCGAAGGACACGAGGACUACCACA